UGUUGUAUUGAAAUCAAAUGAAGAAGACCUAGGAAACGAAUCACAUUCGCAUUUAUUAGACUUGCGAUCCGAAUUACUGGCACAUGACAUGUCCAAUAUUGAGAUAUUUGUGAAAACUGGCAGUAAGGAACUGUUUGAAAUAUUACGUGAUACAAGUAUAGGGAUCCUUAAUCUGCAAACUGCUGAUAGUGCCUCAUUAGCAUCCGAGAUUCUUCACACGCUCAACAAGCUAACACAGCUUUGUUUGUCGGGGACCUAUACGGGUCGUUGUGAUCUCAAGAUGCCUGCUUCAUUGCAGUGUAUUAAACUGCUGAGUGUCGAAUGUUCAUCUGAGUGGCUGUGCAGCUUGUUGAUCACGCUUUCUUCAUUAGAUCAUCAGGUCGAGUGUGAGCUGUGGGAUGUUGUAUUGAAGUCAAAUGAAGAAGCCCGUGGAAACGAAUCACAUUCAUAUUUAUUAGACUUCCGAUCUGAAUUACUGGCACAUGACAUGUCCAAUAUUGAGAUAUAUGUGGAAACUGGCAGUAAGGAACUGUUCGAAAUAUUACGUGAUACAAGUAUAGGGAUCCUUCAACUGAGAACGGCUGAUAGUGGCUUAUUUGCAUCCGAAAUUCUUCACACGCUCAACAAGCUAACAAAGCUUUAUUUGUGGGGGACCUAUACGGGUCGUUGUGAUCUCAAGAUGCCUGCUUCAUUGCAGUGUAUUAGUCUGCAGAGUGUCGAAUGUUCAUCUGAGUGGCUGUGCAGCUUGUGGAUCACGCUGUCUUCAUUAGAUCAUCAGGUCAAGUGUGAGCUGUGGGAUGUUGUAUUGAAGUCAAAUGAAAAAGCCAGUGAAAACGAAUCACAUUCAUAUUUAUUAGACUUGCGAUAUGAAUUACUGACACAUGACAUGUCCAAUAUUGAGAUAUUAGUGAAAACUGGCAGUAAGGAACUGUUUGAAAUAUUACGUGAUACAAGUAUAGGGAUCCUUAACCUGAGAACGGCUGAUAGUGCCUCAUUAGCAUCCGAGAUUCUUCACACGCUUAACAAGCUAACAGAGCUUUAUUUGAGGGGGAUCUAUACGGGUCGUUGUGAUCUCAAGAUGCCUGCUUCAUUGCUGUGUAUAUCUUUGGAUGAUGGCGAAUGUUCACCUGAGUGGCUGUGCAGCUUGUUGAUCACGCUGUCUGAAAUACACCAUCAAGUUGAGGGUAACAUGUUUGAUUUUGUUGUAAAACAAAAUGAUUCAGACAAUGGAAUGGAGACAGAUAUUACUGUUGUUAGGAAUGAGUUGUGGUCGUGUAACUUAUCUCAUGUUAAACUGAACGUUGAACAAAAUAGUAGUGUCCUCCUAGAACUGUUACGCGGUACGAAUAUAGAUUCUCUGUUACUCACAGCUAAUGACGAUGCGUCCCUGGAUUUGGUGACACAAAGCUCCUUAACCAUGCUUAAAGAAAUUCGUUUCAAGGGAAUUCACAUGACACGUUUUGAUCACAAAUUACCAUCUACUCUGCAAUUUAUGAUUUUAUGUGAUGGCUACUGUUCACCAGAUUGGUUGAAAAGUUUGAUGAUACACCUGUCUACAUUAGGCCAUACUGUCCGUUUGUACUUGUAUGAAUAUACUCUGGUAUCGAGUGGUGAGUCAAAUGCCAUGGCUUUGGAACUGCCUAUUUUGCAAUGUGAAGAUUUGUCGAAUGUUAAAUUGGAGUUAACGAAGGACUCCUCUGGAUUGUAUGAAACGUUACCCAAAAUUAGUACAUCCAGUCUGAACAUGACGCAAAUCGAACAUCCUGACAUGCUGUCACAGACACUGCCUCUACUCAACCACUUGCAGGAGCUAAGAAUUUGUUUAAAACAAUAUAUGGAGAUGAAACUACCGGGAUCUAUACAGUAUGUGUUUAUAAUUUACACAACAUUUUCACCUUUAUCGUUACAACAUUUCGUACAGGGCAUGUAUACCGCACAACAUAACGUACAAUGUAAAUUAUUGUUCCGUGUUGAAGGGAAGGAAGAUGAUUAUACGAGAAUUACACACGAAGUUUGUAAAAUGGAGUCAGUUGAAAUGCAAAAGUUUGAAGUUGUAGACAAACGACAUUUUCGGGGGGCUGUUGCUGCUGCUGCUACUCUUUCUGCUACCGCUGACGAGGCUGAUGACGAUUUUGAUAAGCAUUUACUACGGAGAGAGGGAUAUGUUGAUUCAAGAAUGUGGUUGCACUAUUGUAAAAUUCGACUCAAAUUUCAUUUUAGAUAACAUUCAUUUCGCUCGAUUAACUCGUGCUCCUUUAAUAUUUUUGUAUCCGUCUGUGUAUGUGACCGAUUUCAUGAAAUAUUAUAGGGAGUCUUAUCUUACAAUUUAUGCCUAAAUGUUGAGUUAUCGCAUUAACUAAUUUUAUGCAUAUAUUAUAAAUAUGUUGUCAGAGAUAUAUAAUUUAAAAGGUUCUGUGUUAUCUCCCUUUGAAUAACGCAUAUUCUAUUCAUUAAGGUAUAUAUUUAUAUGCAAU